UACAAUUAAAGUAAUGUAAUUCUGUAAUCAAUUAUGUGAUUGAAUACGUUAUGUUGAUGUUAAAAUACGCGGAAAUAAUCAAUAAUAAUGCUUUCACAUCGUUACAGUAAUUCCAAUAUAUCUAUACUAAAUUACUUUCCGACGAGAUCAAAGGUCAAUGUUCAGACCGAUGUUCCCGAUAUAUUGGCAGUUAUGUGCUCGCUAUUUAUAGUUCCCGAGUUAAUCGUUACGACUAUAAUCGUUACGAUAUUUGCAUAUGUCAAGAGAUGCGCUCUUGCUUAACAUGUCAUUAUGCAGUAACAGUAAGACUGCUAUGUAAUUGUUUUUAGAGUUUUCAUGAAAAAAAUAAGUACACUUUUCAUUCAAAAUUAUAUACGAUGAUGUUGAUAUUAUAUGAUAUGAUUUCAUAUAGAACAAGGUUUUCUAUUACAGCACUGUAAUAACAAAUAGAUGUCAGUGUAGUACAGUGUUUAAUGAGCCUCAGUUUCGAUUACACUUUGCAACUCAACAGACUUCGUAUAUUACGCAUUAUCUCAUUUCUCUUAGAUAUCAAACAUGCGACCGCUAUACAUCAUUUUUGCAUUGCUGCUCUCAGCUAUAAUUAUUGCAUUGCCUAUUUUCGUGAUGGGUGUCGAGGAUACAGCGUGCAAUUGCGAGCACUGUGACGAGGAAAGAGUGAUCGGUUUGGAAGAGGAGAUGACUACUACUACUACUUCCAUGUACAAAGAGGAGGACGAUAAUGAUGGUAAUCGGACAAUUUGCGCUAGAAGUCGUGAUUUUAACGAUCGCACGUUUCCAAGCGUCUGUUACAUGCUAUGUUACAAUCGUUGUACGAGAUACCGAAUGAUGGCCGUUCAAGAGAAUGACGUGAAGAAGUACAUCAUGAUUGCAUAUAGACCGAUGUCUACUACAGAGCAAAUGUUAUGUUUUUCUAUAAUUAAGAUACUACACAUACACUCGACAACUUGAAAUAUGAGCGAAGCCCAUUCCAUUGCACUACGAGCUGACCUCUGCAAUAUUCCUGACAUGGAUGUCUAAGGCGUAUAAAUUUUUGGUAGCCGGAACUACAUUCGCGUGCUGUCCCGAUUUAUGAAAAUAUUAUUCUGCAAUUUGUGAUGGAGUCUAUAAUUUGAAAUUAGAGCUAUAAUAUAUUUUGCAUUUUUAUUAACAAUGUUUAUACGUAGUACUAUGACGUGUAUGCAUAUCAGUAUGUAGAUUAUUAUUGGCAGGUGUUCUAAUUUUUCAAGUGUCUUUUAUACUAUAUCACACAUAACAUUGUAGGUGAAUUUUCGUGAAUUUCAAUAAUUUAUGUUUACGUUGGAGACC